AUGAGGACGUCGGUGCGUCAUGUUUACGCCAGUGGUGGCAGGUGGUCCUUUUCACCACCGAGCCAGUCAUCGCAACCACCUUUCGAGCCAAAAAUAACUGAAAACCUCGACGCCGCCACCAGGACGUGCUAUGUCAAUAUCGUGAAGUCUGUUCUUCGACUCAUGAUUCUUAUCUCCAAAGUAACACGAUCGAUGGGAUGCAUUCGGAACUAUCGAAUCGCGAAUUGGUUGCCACCCAUUUCCCCGGUCAAUUCUCUCCCGACCGAGGUCAUCACUCGUAUUCUUAAGGCUUUUGUCAAAGCCGACCUGUACAUCUUGGAUAGUACUCGAGCUCUCGGAUUCGGGGAUGAUUCCAAAAUAGCCUUUUCGAUCUUGAACGCCCCCGUUAUUCUAUCCCAUGUCUGUUCGCAUUGGCGUGAUAUUGCACUCCAUAUGCAUAGUUUAUGGUCCCAUAUUGAUCUAUGCCCAUACCUACCUAUUGCGGAGGAGGUAGUUGACUAUAUCGAAGUUUAUGCUUUCCGACCCGGCCAGCUGUUGCUAAAUGUUCAUGUUGACCCGACCGCCUAUGACGCAUUUCCGAAUAGUGAUCAACUUAUUCGGCUCCUCGUCUCAGUCACAAGCCGUAUCAAGUCACUGGAAACCAAGACACUAUAUUCUACCUCAUCUAGUGCAAAGAAACCCACUGUGCUGCAAAAAUGCUUUGCCUUUUACAUACCUGGAGCUCUGAAACACCUUACCAUUGAGGGCAAAAAGUUUCAAGGAUCCUCGUUUUUCUUCAUGCCUAUCGAUGACCUCUACGGGGACCCGAAAACCCCCGGAGUGCUCCAGAGUGCUCAGGUUUUGGGGACCUGCUCAUUUGGAUCCCACCGGAUCCGGAGCGUCUCACGAGCACUUCGGAGCGUCAUAUUUGAUACUCCAAAGUACUCACUUACCUUUACGAAUAACAUGUCGCUCGACGUGCCUCGAGAUACCUUUGAUACUCGUUUGUCGAAUGUAUCUGUCUUAAGACUCAAUGGUUCUCAUCCCUCCUUGGUCAAGCAAGGAAUACCACGGUCUUUCCGAACUCUGCCUGGUCUUCGUGUCUUUGAACUCAACCUCAUGAUCGAGAUACAUCUACCAGACGAUGUCACCAUCGUACCGGUAUCCGUCUACGACCCGGAGGAGUUGAGGGUUGGCUUAGUACACGAAGAGUCUCUUGCUCCCUUGCUCCAAUCGGUCACACCUAGGCGCAAACCGUUGACAUUGUCGUUAGAAAAAUGA